AUGUCCCUGACAACUGAAGCAUGCAGACCUGAUCCUCAGGGAAAUUUGAUACAACAGUGGCUAUCACUGGAUAGCAGGCUGGGGGUUGUAUCACAGGAGUUUCAUUUAUCCGAAAACCCUCCCCUUGGCACGUGGUCUAUCGAAGCUUCUGGAAAUGGGGUGCUGUCAGUAAAGAAUUUCAUUGUUGCUGAAUAUGUGGUGCCCACAUUUGAAGUAUUGAUACAGACACCUUCAGUGUUUAAUUAUGAAGAUGGCGUAACUGGGACUGUCACUGCCAAGUAUACUUAUGGAAAACCUGUGAAGGGAGUAAUGACAGUCACAGUUUUACUGAAUUACUUUAAUAUAAAGCUCCCUUUAAAUAAAACCAUGGAGAUUGAUGGUUUGGCUACUUUUAAUAUCACAUACAAAGACUUUGCUGAUUAUGAUAACCUGUAUGCAGGAAUUCUGGAGGCCUAUUUUCCUGAUGAGAUAAAUGUCCUAAUAACUGCCUCUGUUAGUGAGCAUUUGACUGGAAUUACUCAGAGCACCACAUUGAAUACCACAGCAGUUAGAAAUAAAUACCAACUGAAUUUUUAUGGGUAUCCUUUUGACUUGAAACCAUCUUUAAACUUUACAACAUAUCUUAAAAUAUCUUCAUACAAGCCCCUGACUCCAGAAGAGAGAAGAGACAAUGUGACAAUCUCUAUACGAAAAUACAGAGAUAACUACUGGGAUUGGGGCAUUGGGAUCUUCCAAUCCAGGACAAAUAACUUUUCAGAUUUUUCUUAUAGUACAGAAGUACCAUCUGAAACAUAUGAAACUGUGAGCUAUAUGGUUCCUGAAAAUGGAAUAAUAGCAAUCAGAUUUCAACUGCCCGAAAAAAUCUACAGAUUAAGCAUUCAGGCACAGCUCCUUCGUAGUUUUGAGAUCCUGGACUUAUACCAAACAUAUCAAUCCCCUAGUAAAUCCUACAUCCAGUUAAAGAAGGACAGGUCUGAUCUUAAGGUUGGGAUUCCAUUUCGGAUAACUGUUGAGAGCAGUAAUCCAUUAAAGGAGUUACACUAUUUGGUUACAUCGAGAGGAAAAACGCUGUCGGUUGGCAAACUGUCCAAUGCUUCAUUCACCUUGAUCCCUGAAGAGUCCUGGGCUCCACUUGCCUGUAUCAUUGUGUAUUAUGUUCGGGACGAUGGAGAAAUUAUUAAUGAUGCACUUAAUCUUCCCAUCGCUAAUGUCUUCAAAAACAAGGUUUCUUUGAGGUGGAGCAAAGCACAAGCAGAGCCCUCAGACAAAGUCACUCUGGAUGUGUCUGCGGCCGAGCCCAACUCCUUAGUGGGACUUUUGGUGGUUGAUAAGGGCACACAGCUGCUUGGGUCUGGCAAUGACAUCACACAGGACACGGUUACAGAAGAACUGACUACAUACAAUGGAGAAGAACAUUCCUAUCUUCCAAAAAUGAGCAUUGGCCCCUUUUCCGUUUUCAUGAGUUGUAACCUUGUGGUGAUAACAGAUGCUAACCUUUCAGACGACAUCGAAGGUUAUAAACCUGAAUUUUUCGAGGAGAUUCUGCAGCCUUUUGAGUCCAAAGCAGCACAACCACUGGAACCAAGAGUUCGCAGCAACUUUCCAGAGACAUGGAUCUGGAUGGAUUUCAACACAAGUGCAUCAAGAAAUGGGAGCCUGACUGUGACAGUGCCUGACAGUAUCACAUCCUGGAUUGCAAGUGCUUUUGUUAUCUCGGAGAACUUGGGCUUUGGACUGAGCACUGCUCCUGCAAAUCUUGAGGUUUUCCAGUCUUUUUUCUUGUCUCUGAAUCUGCCAUACUCUGUCAUCAGGGGAGAAAAGUUCAUCCUGGAAGUCAUCAUCUUCAACUAUCUCGAGCAGCCACUGGAGGUUAUGGUUACUGUUGCACCAAGUGCUUCUUUUGAUUUUCUCUUUCCUGAUGUUGAAGGCAUAUCAAUGCCCAGCAAACAAAAGGUGUCUGUAGCCAGUCGGGAUGGUACCUCAGUUCUAUUUCCCAUCAAACCCAAAGCUCUUGGAGAGAUCCCCAUCUCUGUGAAAGCAAUCUCUUCUGUCGCUUCAGACGCAGUCAUUCAGAAAGUGUUGGUUAAGCCUGAAGGAAUCGAACAGUCAUUUGCUAAGUCAUUGUUUUUGGAUCUGGCCUUGGCUGAACAAAGCGUUUCCAAACAAAUUAACUUCACUUUCCCCCCAAAUGUUGUGCAAGGCAGUGAAAGAGCUUAUUUUACCGUUUUUGGUGACAUCCUGGGUCCAUCCAUCACUGGUCUCGAGUCACUUAUUCAAAUGCCUUAUGGGUGUGGAGAGCAGAACAUGAUAAACUUUGCUCCCAAUAUUUAUGUUCUACAGUACUUGAUAAACACACACCAAGUGAAAGAGGAUAUCAGAAGUAAAGCCAUAUCAUUCAUGGUGGAAGGUUAUCAAAGAGAAUUGUCUUACCAGAGGAAAGAUGGGUCCUUCAGUGCUUUUGGCAACAGUGACUCCUCUGGAAGUACUUGGUUAUCGGCUUUUGUGCUCCGAUGCUUCCUGGAAGCCCGUCCUUUUAUCUCCAUCGAUCCCAAAGUGCUCUCCAGUACUGUGAGUUGGUUGCUGAGCCAACAGGAUGCUAGUGGGGAAUUCAAAGAGCCGGGAAGGGUCAUUCACACUGAGCUACAGGGAGGACAGAAUGGUCCUGUUUCUCUUACUGCAUAUGUGUUGAUGGCUCUGUUGGAAGAUGACACAUACACGAGAACAUAUUCAAGUGCAAUUGACAAGGCUCUGGACUUUUUGAAGGACAGGCUUCGAAAUGGAGUCUCUAGCAGCUAUGCCCUAUGCCUGGUGACAUACGCUUUGUCACUGAAGUAUGAUAGUGGAGCCAGAGAUGCUCUUGAUGAGCUGGUCCAGAGAGUACAUAAGCAGGGAGAUACACUGUCCUGGGAUUCAACCACGAUGGGACUGACUAAUUCCUGGCAAGCUAGAUCAACAGACAUAGAGAUUUCAGCCUAUGUGAUGCUGUCUUAUUUUAAGCAGUCUAGGGUGGCGGAGGGAGUCCCUUUCAUGAAAUGGCUGAGCCAGCAGAGGAGCCAUCUGGGAGGGUAUUCAUCCACACAGGACACUAUAAUAGCUCUAAAGGCCCUUUCGGAAUAUGCAGUAUACACUGGGUCAGGUGAGAUUGAGAUUAUGGUUAAAGUCACUGCUCCAGGUUUGCCUACUGCAGCCACUUUCCAGAUUGAUUCAACCAACUUUUUACUGCUUCAGAGACAAGAGAUUAAACCACAAAAAGAGAUAAAACUUAGUGUCUCAGCAGAAGGACGUGGAUUUGCCAUUUUUCAGCUAAAUGUUUUCUACAAUUUGAAGAGUGAAAGUUCAUCGAGGAGACGCAGAGACACAGAAAAUAACGAAGCAUUUGAUUUAGAAAUUGAAGUAAAUGACCACAAAGAUGACCUUAAUCAUGUUUCUUUGCACAUAUGCACAAGAUUGUUGGAAAAUCAAAAUGUUUCUCAGACCGGAAUGGCGAUAAUGGAAGUGGGCUUCCUCAGUGGUUUCGCCCUUGAUGAAAGUGGAAUUGCUACUACUGAGGUUAUCAAGAAGGUAGAGACUUCUCCAGGGAAAGUCAACCUGUACUUGGAUUCAGUUACAGCACAAGAAUUCUGUGUGGACAUACCCGCGAUGAGAGACUCCAAAAUUGCUAAUGCCCAAGAUGCAGUGGUGCAAAUUUAUGAUUACUACGAACCCCGAAGGAAAGUUGUCCGCACGUACAACUCUGAAGUAAUGCGAAGCGUGUCUACUUGUGCUUUCUGUGGUGAGGACUGCAGUCUUUGCAAGGCCUCAAGGAUUAUUGAAGUGACAACCAGCGGGACCGAGGACCUCUUCCAGCACUUUGGAAGAAUCGUAUUGUUUGGAUUUUUCGUUCAUGCAGUUUUAAUUUUGUUUCAGUGAAAUCCAUAUGUGUUUUAAGUACAGCAUAACAGUUCUUCAAAUGUCAAUACACAGUCAAAAGAAGGCUUCACUGAUUUUGUUCUGUUUUUUUUUUAUAAAGCAGCUUGAAGACCUAAAUCAUUUAAAAUUCAUAUUUUAAAUUAGAAUUAAAUUCCUUUUUAUUUCACUUUUGUGAUACUAUGUAAUAUACGGUAGUCUUAUUUAGUAACGGGUGUACACUGAGUGAAAUCAGGGUGGUGGUUAUAUCAUUGUCAUUUAGAAAAUGCAGAGGUUAGAAUGAGGAAAUGAAAUAUGUUGCUUUCUAUCAAAUUCAAAGAUUGUA